GGCUCAACUCAGCGUGGCCGUUAUAGCACACCAGUGGGUUUUCGGGUUUGCCGCAGCAGCAGCAGCCGCAGCACCUUGCAAUCCUCGACAUGGCACCCUGGUGGGAGCAGCAGAUUCUUUGGGGCCCGAUGGGCAAGGGAGGACCACGCCGAUCCAAAGGAGGAGCCCCACGUGCUCAUGUCCCCAUGGAGCCUUCCGCGGCGACUUCGACAGCCAGCACAACGGCUUCAGGAGGCUGGACUACUGGGACCAUCCGCCGCCUCUUUGUGGGCAAAGGCUUCGGCUUCGUGUCGCGUGAAGAGGCCAAGGCUCAGAACGGACGGGGCGAUGUCUUCCUCCACUUCUCAGAUCUGGAUGGUGGUCUGACUUCCUCAGACCUUGCGGUGGGUGUGCGUGUGCGCUUUCGUUGGGAGGCGGCCAAGGACUCCCGUGGCCCUGGCGGUCGCGCCCGCUUGGUGUCGCUGGUGCCCAGCCAUCCGGUGGUUGAGCUUUCUGCCCCGCGCCCGCGGCCGACACGCACUGGGCGGGUCUAUCACAAGGACACCAUCCUCGCGAUGCGUGGGUGGAUGCACAAGAGGGGCCAAGUGGAGAAGAGGCAGAAGUGGCCCCUCCGUCCGGAUGGCCUGCCACGAGAGAUUGUCUUUCCAUUUACGAUUUAUUUGCCCGACUUUUACUGGGAGGAAGAAGAUCAACGUGCCCUGGCGCAUGCCAAUGAUGAACAGCGCGUCCAAAUGCUUGAAGCACGCUUGGACUAUGAAGGUGGCGCCGACUCGAACAACGCCGAGACCUUCGGAGAAAACUGGGCGCUGGAGACCUGGUCCUAUGAGGACGCCGUCGCCGCCAACAACAUGAUCCGCGCGGCCGAAGCCGAAGCCGAAGCGGCGGCCUCCUACGAGGCGGCCUCCUACGAGGCGGCCUCCUACGAGUACGGAGGCCACCGCGACCACGGACAAUGCGCGGAACGCACAUCUACUGCGAGCGACGACUCGUGUCGCAUCGAGUGCAAGAUGCACGGUGAGGAAUGCACAGAGGUUCAUGGACCUGGAGCCGGACCCAAAACCUGUUUGGAGGUGGCUGCCGAGUUUCUUCGGCUUUCCCUUCCAGUGGACGCCUGGACCGAUUCUGCAGUGAGUCGGCGACCGCUUCCAAGCGAGCCGAGUCGGGCUCACCCUCCAAAGACUGGAAGCCCUCAAUUGAAGAAAAAGACAACAAUGCGGUCUAAUGCAGGUCACGAUUCCAGUCCCAUGGAUUGUUUGGGCUUCCAUGAUUGUUGAGGGAGUCAGGAGCGAAGUUGGUGUGUUUGUGUGUGCAUAGCCACCC